AUGUCAGAAAUCCAAUAUGAAGUAGCUGUCGAUCCGGUGACUAUUGUGAUUAAGGAGUGCAUCACGCUUUCAACUGCCAUGCGCAAGUACUCCAAGUACACUUCUCAAACAGGGGUUGCGGCUCUUUUGAGUGGGGGUAGCGAGAUUUUCAGCAAUCAGGACGACUCUUUAGUCGACACAUUUAACAACUUGUCAACAAACAAAAAUAAAGACCCAAUUUUGUCUGGAUUUGUGCAACUGAGGCUGAUGCUUAAUAGUUUAAGCUCUCUAGACACAAUCGACUCGCUGACUCUUCUUCAGCCGUUCCUCGUCGUCAUUAGCACUCCAUCCAUCUCUGGGUAUAUCACCUCGUUAGCGUUGGAUUCGCUGCAGAAAUUUAUUGCCUUCAACAUCAUAUCAGAGUCAUCAGUGAAUAGCACAAUUGCUUUUCGCGAGGCCGUCAAUGCUUUAACGCACUGCAGGUUUGAGGGAUCGGAACAGACCAGUGAUGAUUCUGUCCUCCUCAAGGUCCUGGUGUUGCUAGAAACGAUGAUAAAAUCAACAUCUUCGGAUAUUCUCUCUGAUUCCAUUGUAUAUGAGGUCUUGCAAACCGUGAUGUCGUUGGCCUGCAAUAAGAAAAGAACUGAAGUGUUGAGAAGGGCCGCCGAGAUGUCGAUGAUGUCCAUUACUGUCAAAAUAUUCGCGAAGUUGCCACAUUUGAGACCAGUUGACUCCCAGAAAUAUAUCAACGAUGAAGAUCUUUCAAAGAAUGUAUUGAAGGAUGACUUAAUUGGAACUGGGCUCGACGACUUGACCCCAGAUGCGGAUGCCAAAGAUGAUAUUUCGUCCACCUCAAGCAUAGACCAACAUAAUGAUACAACUCAGAAACUGCAACCUCUGGAAGAAAACUACGGCCUUCCAGUAAUGAAGGACUACAUGAGUAUCCUCACGUCACUUAUAAUGCCCGAAAACCAAUACAAGCAUAAUAACUCAACCAAAGUUUUUGGUCUUAAUCUUUUGAAUAUAGCGGUUGAAGUUUCUGGAAACUGGAUCCCGCAUCAUCCCCGGCUAUUCAACUUAAUGUCAGAUGCCAUCUUCAAGAAUGUUCUUUUCAUCAUUCAAAAUACGGACAAGCUUUCGCUACUUCAGUCAGCUCUUCAUUUGUUUACUACUUUGGUUAUCGUCAUGGGGGAACACCUGCAGGAACAAACUGAGUUGACUCUAAGGUGCAUUUUCGACACCUUGCAAAGCGAUAAGUCUACAACAUCUAGGCCCCGUUCCUCAGCUGCAAAAGAGCUGAUUAUAGAGCAAAUAUCAAUUUUGUGGACCAGGACUCCUUCAUUCUUUACAACUUUAUUUGUCAAUUAUGACUGUAAUCUAAACCGUUCCGACCUUUCUACAAUGGUGCUAAAUGCUCUUGCUAAAUUAGCGCUCCCAGAGUCUGCCUUAGUAACGGCUGAUAGUGUUCCUCCAAUUUGCCUAGAGGGUUUAAUCUCCGUUGUCGACAAUAUGCACGAACGUUUAGAAGGUGAAGAUCAGCAAGAGGUAACCCUAACCAGUUUGGUUGAGGCUCUUGAAGAGCGCAAGAAGAAAACAGAAUUUAUCAUGUGCACAGAUAGUUUCAAUGAGAAACCCAAAAAAGGUAUUGCUCGUUUAAUCGAAAAGGGUUUUAUCAGCUCAAAUUCAGAGGAUGAUAUCGCGAAAUUUUUGUUUGAAAGAAAUGGUAGACUGAAUAAGAAAGCUAUCGGAGAACAUCUUGCAAGUCCCGAUAACCUUUCACUAUUAAAGAAGUUCGUCAGCUUAUUUGACUUUAAGGGCCUGCGUAUCGAUGAGGCAAUAAGGAUUAUGCUCACCAAGUUUAGGCUUCCUGGUGAAUCUCAACAAAUUGAGCGUAUCGUCGAAACGUUCUCCGCGACUUAUGUGGAUGACCAAGAGUAUGUCCCUGAAAAGGCUGGCCAGGACAUCGAAAACGACUACAGCACCGUUCAGCCUGACGCAGACUCUGUAUUUAUUCUAAGUUUUUCGGUGAUCAUGCUGAAUACUGAUUUACACAAUCCGCAAGUCAAAAAGCAUAUGACGUUUGACGAUUAUACUUAUAAUCUGAAGGGCUGCAAUGACCAAAAGGAUUUCCCCCUUUGGUACCUUGAUAGAAUUUUCUGUUCCAUCAGAGAUAAAGAGAUCGUAAUGCCUGAGGAGCACCAUGGAAGUGAGAGAUGGUUUGACGAUGCGUGGAAUAAUCUUGUUUCCUCAACUACUGUUGUAACUCAGACAACUCAGGAGGCUGGUAAUACACCAAGUGUCUUGGACAGGAAAGUACUCCUUCAAUUCGACAGAGCCAUUUUUGAAAUCAUAGGUCACUCCAUAGUAGAGACUUUGUUCAAGAUUUUUGAGGUUGCUUCAGAUGACCAUAUAAGCACCCGCAUGCUGACGAGCAUUGAUAAAUGCUGCCGGAUUGCUGCAUUAUUUGGCCAAAACGAAUUGUUCAACUCAACUUUAGCAAAAAUCGCAAAGUCUACGUUACUCACAAAGGCGGCACUAGAAAAGCAAUCCGGGGUUCAAGAGCUAGGCGAGAUACCUGUGGUGCAAAUAAACAUCGAAGAAUCUAAGGAGACGUUGACCGUCAGCAAUAUAGCCGUACGUUUUGGGAAAACGUUCAAGAGUCAACUCUGCAGUGUUGUCCUGUUUCGGUAUUUGCAAAAGAAUAGUCGCCAAAAUUUGAUUAGCGAAAGUACGUGGAGUUUGAUUGUUGAGAUACUAUUGAAUUUGUAUGAGAGUGAUAUGAUCGCUCCUGACAUCUUCCCCGAUCUACAAAAGACUCUGAAAAUCGGAAAAUUACCUCGACCAGCACCCGAAUACUCGAUCAACAAAUCUAAAGUCAAUAAGGGUCUACUCUCAACAUUUGCAUCCUAUCUUAAGGGCGAUGAAGAACCUACGGACGAAGAAAUAAAUUAUUCCACGAGGGCUAUUGAAUGCAUUAGAACAUGCAACGUACCUUCAUCAGUAUUUGGAAAUGAAGCUAAUGUAAGUGGCCUGCUCGUCUCGGUCUUGCUGAAGUUUGUGCAGGUUGGAAGAACGUCUGAAAACAGCAGGUACUUUGAUGCCGAAAUCUUAUUUUUAAUGGAAAUUGCCCUUGCUUCCUACCUCUUUUGUAAAGACAACAAAGAUGUUGGAAGGCAAGUACUCGCUAAGCUAGGAGAGCUAACGAAUCUAGAAGGAAUAUCCAAAUCUUUCAAACGUCGGAUUUCUGCUUAUAAACUACUGCUGGUUUCAAUUUUGGAGGAUCCUCCGGCCAUCACAAAACUCAUAAAUGAAGAUUUGCUGGCUGAAAAUGAAGUUUACGAUGAAGAAUUUCUUGCAAGCGAACAGGGCUGCGAAUUAUUACGAAUGCUACUUUCAUUAACCGCCAUUGAAAAUUAUAGCUCACUUCUUUUACAAGAUGAAGGAUUUUGGAAGAUUUUGCGCUCUUUUGCGACCGCCGAAGGGCACUCAUUUAGAGUUUUCGAAUUUCUCGACAAUUCAAUCCUGAAAAAAGACCAGGCCAUGGGUACCGCUAAUUUUCUGUCUAUACUAGGGCUUUUGGACGAAAUCUCCAGUAUCGGUGCAAUGAGUGGCGAAUGGGAGGCGCAGUACGAGAAGUUAAGUGCAGAUGGCCAAAAGGUGGCGGAAGAAAAUCCAUAUCAGGAAGCAGUAGAUCUCUCGUUAAAAUCAAUCAAUGCCACGUCUCGUUUACUUGAGUUAAAGAGGCGUGAGCCUUUCAAAAAAGCUGAGUUGAUUGGUUUGCUCCAAGCACUCGUUCAUCAGUGCUUUAACCCUUGCUUCCAAUUGAGGACCUAUGCAGUUAGCUUGUUGGAAACCACUGUCAGCGGCCAUCUAGACACUUUUUCGGAAACACUGUCAGCAUCUGAAAUGAUCGAAAGUGGUUUUCUGGCUAUAGUUGAGGCUCAAAAGAAGCCUGCUGUAAUACCAGAAAUCAUGCUCUUGUUUUCUAAGGUUUAUCUGCACUAUUUGAAAACUGGGAAGGCAGACAAUGAGGUAUUUUUGAAGAUUCUUAAUGUGUUUGACAAGUACGUCGAAAAUCCUGAAGUGGAGAAAACAUUGCAGGAGUUCAUUGCUGAAAAGAAGGACUUUGAGCAACGUUCAAACGCUCCAAGGAAUCUUGAGCCGGAAACAAAAUAA